CCUCCAGCCAAUCAGCGCCUGUCAGGGACACAUGAACGGCGAUAAUAUCCACGGAACAGGCAGCAGGCAGGAGGAACAAAGAGAGCCGCUCGGUGCGUGUAAAGCGUCCUUUCACUUCGUCAACACGGACAGCUAUCGACUUCGUAGAGGCAGUUUUAGCUUUACUUUAAACACUUUAUCCUGACUAGUAAUUGUCACUCUGCGUCUGAAGUCCGACUGGCUGGUUUUGAUGAGGAAAGAGGAAACUUGGCGUCGUGAGAGGUUUGUCGGGUCGCCUUUCACGAAACCGUUUAGCCUUGGAUACGCUGGUCGGAAGGUAACGCACGGAGUGUGGUUUCCUCUGGCUGAAGACGGCGUGUGUGUCCAACAGCACCUUUCUACCCAGGACCCACUGUGUUGCCAUUGUGCCCAUGAGGUAACGUCAGGACCUUCCACCCCCUCAUUGGUACCCUUGGUCCAUCCAUUUCCCUCCCCUCUGUCCCUUCCUCCCUUGGACCCACCCAGCCAUGGGCCAGAAGAUCUCUGGCAGUAUCAAAUCAGUGGAUGCACGCGGGGAGCCCUCAUAUCGGCCAGUACGCAGAGAACUGCGGGGCCCAGAUUUCUGUCGGCCCCCCAGGCUGGACUUACUGCUGGACAUGCCAUCAGCCAGCCCUGAGACCCAGCUUCGCCACGCCUGGAACCCUGAUGACCGAUCACUCAAUGUCUUUGUUAAAGAGGAUGACAAGCUGACGUUUCACCGGCAUCCAGUGGCACAGAGCACAGACUGUAUCCGUGGGAAGGUGGGCUACACCAGGGGCCUCCAUGUUUGGAGAGUUCACUGGCCGGCCAGACAAAGAGGCACCCAUGCUGUCGUGGGUGUGGCCACUGCUGAAGCACCUUUACACUCAGUGGGCUACACAGCCCUUGUGGGCUCGGACUCUGAGUCCUGGGGCUGGGACCUGGGUCGGAACAGACUCUACCAUGAUGGGAAGAACCGGCCCAUAUCCACCUCAGCACCCACAUACCCCUGUUUCCUGGAGCCAGACGAGUCAUUUGUGCUCCCCGACUCUCUGACAGUAAUACUGGAUAUGGACGAGGGAACACUGAGCUUCAUGGUAGAUGGACAAUAUCUGGGAAUAGCUUUUAGAGGGCUAAAAGGCAAGAGACUGUAUCCCAUCGUCAGUGCUGUGUGGGGGCACUGUGAAGUAUCUAUUCGCUACGUCAACGGACUAGAUCGACCACUUGUCACCCCAGGCAACCCUUACCAUGGAGACCAGUUUGUGCCAGCAGGGAUGGGCUGGUUUUCAGCAAGUUUGUAGCAUCAUCACGUCAUCACCUCCCUCAGGAGCACUGUCAGAGAGUAAUGCUAUUGUCUGAGAUAGCAUCAAUCUUGUUACUCCAAGCAGUCAUGUUUUACUUUUGACUUCUAAUACGUGUUUCACAGUGGUUCAUUGUGUAAUUCACAGUUUACAGUUUUUUCUUAGGUUUUGAUUCAAUUCAAGUAAUGUUCUUUUGAAUGUGCAGCUGAUCUCUUGUGAUGAGAUUACUUAUUUUGCUGCCAACAUUUAUUUCGUCACAGCUGUCCAUACUGUAUUAAACAGCAACAUUUGGUUGAACAUUUAAACAACAACACAGGCAGCACUUAGAAAUCUAGACACAUACAGUGCAUGUGACACAUUGUGCGCUGUGACUAUACACUGUUCGUCACUGGUGUGAGGAGCUGGUUACUAUGGAAACUACCUAUGUGCGGCUGUGCUGGUUAGGGUAGACUGAUUGAUAGGUGCUGCUAGGCCCAACGGAAAGUCAAUCCAUCUCUGGGUGAGUGUGUGAUCUGAGUCCUUUAUUCAGAGCAGAGUUCAGAUGGUCACAAGGUGCUGACAAAUGGAGACGCGAUUGUACUACCAGUUUUAUGAGUCUUAAUUCCUAACACAUCUUGUAAACUGAUGUGCUAAAGCUUGGACCUGCCUUUGCAGGCAGAGGGUAAUAAGAUGUUGGAGGGAUGUGAUUGUCCUGCCAAGUAUUUUUCUAGCUGACGUGAAGAAUUGUCAGCUGUACAGUCUCAUUGUACGCGUCAUUGCACACUGUCUAUAUUCAGUCCCAGUUCAUUCAGCAUGUCUACCUGAUUUGGGCACUUACCAUGUUGAUGUGGCUGCAAAUGAAUCCACAUUCUGCCACUUGUCCCCAAGGUACUCUUACAAAGGUUUUUCAUUAAGCACAUGGCAGUCAAAUAAAUUGAGAUAGCUGUACACCAUAUCUUUACACCCUGUCGGCCGCCGUUCACUGGUGGAUUUCAUUAUUUCCCCUUGCUGCUGUUUCAAAGGUCACUUACCAACCGCAGCAGAGGAAUUCAGUGAUAUGUUCCUGCAAAAGUUCACCAUCAAUUGCAGCGCAAAGCAUGGGGAUUUUGUAAACAGAUGUACCAUUAGAAAGUUCAUUAUUGAUUCUAACGGACGUGAAGUCAGACCAGCUCCUGCUGUGUUUGUGUGUUCACUAUCCAGUGGCCAUGUAGCCACCAGGGCAGCAGUUCAUGCCCAGAGGAAUGCCUGAGGUCUGUUGACAGGCUUGGUCUGCUCCGGUUCCAUGAACACACUUCAGACUAGACGUCACAUAUUUUCUUCUUAUUUGUUUGCUAGGGAGCCUCAGUUUGUUGCAAUGUGGUGCACUUUUAAUAGACUGCGGAGAGAAACUGCUCAAUCACACACAGAGGAGGCUUGUUUGGAUCGGUGUGCUUUUCUGUGUAUAAAAUGUAAGGGGUGUGUUUUUUAAACAACCCUUUCAUCUGCAGUAGCAAAUGUAUUUGUAUUGUGCAAAAUAUGAACAGAACCAACAUUUAAAAAAUCACAGUGUUAAGGAGCUGACUGCAGACUGAACACGGAUUCAAAAUCACACUCGUCGCCUUGAUGCUAUAAUUUAUUGAUACCACCGUUUCAGGGUCUUUACCCAGAAGAAGAGCUUAUUGUCAACAUUGGCUUCAUCAAUAAAUCAUAGCGCCAAGCGUGCCUGAGUGCAGUGUUUUGGGUAUCUGUCUGUAAUACAGUCAUGUAGACCAUGCAGGUCAGGCUGGUUCAUGGAAACUUUUCUCUUCAAUCUCUAACCUGUCAACUAGUGUGUGUAUUAUGUUUGUAUUCAAGUGUAAAUGCCCCUGCUCAUGUCCUUCACACAGUGUGUAAGUGGACUCUGAACAGCAGGAAUUCAGCCCUAGCAGAUGGUGGAGCAGCUUGACAUCCGUAAAGGGACAGCAGUUAAGAGUCUGUCUCUGUCUGGCAUACAUAGACAUGAAAGUUGCCAUGUUCUACUGGCAUAUAUUGACAAUAGUGAUGACAUGUCUAUGUGUACAUAUUUUUAUAUUAUUAAUAAUAAUAUAUUAGCUGCUGCUUUUUUUAUUGUUUGUAUAUUAGUAUAUAGUAAUCAUGGAUGCGUAACAGUGUGCUCACUACCAGUUUUCAAGGACAUAAAUAUAAAUGGGGGCAACCUGCUUUGUAAUAUUUUUCUUCUUAGUUGAGUAAAUGAGAAAUUUACUGCAUUGUGUGUACAGGGACUGAUGCAGGAUUUUGCAAUGGCCUACAGUGUAUGAAUUGAUGUACGUAUACUGUAGUUCAGUGAGUUACUUUUUGACUGCAUUAUGUCAAUCCCAUCUCUUCAUUUAAACCCAUAGUAGCAACAGUGGCCAUGAGUAGCGAAUCAGUGAAAAUGAGAGGAUAACUUGGCAUUUCUUCGUCUUGCUCCGCGUUGUCUUCACUAUUGGUCAACACCACUGUCACCAGACUGAUCUGUUACAUUUGAGCCCCUUUCAGACAUGCAGCCCGUUACGUAAAUAUGAUUGCAACAUGUCUGCCUCAUGUCUGAAUAAGCACCCAAGUCACUUUUACGCAUAAGCCACAACGUCAGUCUUACUACGGUGGACCUGGUAACAUUUGUCACUUGUGAAUUGCACAAGUCUGAAUUGAAUGCCGUCAGAUUAACAUAAAGGCUGCUGCAGCAGAAGGUUCAUUACAGAGAGAAACUGAAGGCAUGUUUUCUUUCCCUGAUUAAGAUCACUGUCAUACAGUUAGAAUUAUAUCCAAUUACUCAAUAAAACGAGUUUCCCCUUAAAAAACAAAAAAACAAAACUCAUACAACCACAAUAAUAAUCAGACCAGCUGUCAGCUCUCCUUAUUUUAAAUUUUCUUUGAUGCAUGGAUGAGAAGAUCCAGCAAAACACUUUACAUACAGCAUGUGAGCUAAACAAGUCCUAACUUAACAUCCGGCUGGGCGGGCGUUAUAAAGUACAGGCAGCAGAAUUCUCUACCUAAUAAGUGAUGAAAAUGAUGAGAAAAUGUAUUAGUGCUUUCACUGAGAAUUGGAGGCGGGUGCCCUGAGGCUUACAAUGCUCAUUUAAAAAAAAAAAAAGGCUUGAACAGCAAAAUAAUUUUAAAAUCUUUUAAAAUCUAAAUAAUUGUCAAUUCACCAGUUUUCCAGUGAUACCUCUCCCUCUCGUGCCCCCAGGUGCCAAAUGCUAUCUGAGCAUUAUUGCUCUUUCUGUAAGGAGCAUUAACAUAAGACAUUUGUCUAAAUGACAACCCUUGAUGAAGCCAGCAGUAUCAUACAUUCCAAGGUACAAAAGCAGGUGUCCACCUAUCUUUGGUACCACAACACUUUGACUUAGGUGUGUAAAUCAGCUUGAAGUGUAAACAAACUAAAUCAGAUUUGAAGAGUCUGUUGCUGCAUAGGGAAGCUUGUACUCACUGUUAGGCCCCUCACCAUGUCUCUCCUCUCUUGUCCCUCACAGCGGAGCCCCUCCCCCUCAUGGACCUGUGCAGACGAGCAGCGCGACUGGCUUUGGGCAGAGAGCGCAU